ACUACUUUGCUGCUUUGAGUAGAUAACGCUAACUUAGAUUUAAUGUUAAGAACAGCUCAUUUACGUGUGUCCGAACCGUGUGGUGAAGGACUUUAAUAUUAGUUGAAAGCUUGCUUGCGAGUGGCUUAAGUGUGUGUCCUGAUAUGAAAGUGUCUGAAUUGGUCGGCUGAGAUGCUGUCCACCGGUCCAGAGCUGCGGCUACUGCGGCUAUUGUCUUGUGUAACUCUUGUUUUACUUUUUCAAGUCACUGACACCAAGAGAGAUUUAAAUGCCUGUUCCACCUGUCGGCAAAUUACUGAUAACUUCAACAAGGGCUUUGACAGAACAGCAAAGCAGAAUUUCGGCGGUGGCAACACAGCAUGGGAGGAGAGAAAACUGUCUAAAUAUGAGACCAGCGAGAUUCGUCUGAUGGAGAUCGUGGAGGGGCUGUGUGACAGCAGCAGCUUUGAGUGCAACCGCAUGCUUGAGGAGCACGAAGACCAUUUUGAGACUUGGUGGUUCAAGAGGAAAACGAAACAUCCUGAUCUGCAUAAGUGGUUCUGCAUUGAAACCAUCAAAGUGUGCUGCCCAAAGGGAACAUUUGGACCGGACUGCAAUGCCUGUGUGGGGGGCUCUGACAGACCUUGUCAUGGAAACGGGAUGUGUGAUGGCGACGGGACUCGUGGAGGGAACGGAAAGUGCAGCUGUGACCACGGUUAUAAAGGGGAUUUUUGCCUGGACUGCAUCGAUGGCUACUUCAACGAAGUGAGGAACGAAACCUUUUCUCUGUGCACAGAGUGCCACUCCUCCUGCAAAACCUGCACCGGAGCAACCAAUCAGGACUGUGAUGAGUGCAAAGAAGGCUGGGAGGAGGAUGACCAGGAGGCUUGUAUUGAUAUAAACGAGUGCUCUAAAGACUCCUUUCCGUGUGAAGAAGAUGAGUACUGCCUCAACACGGAAGGCUCUUUCUCCUGCAAGGCCUGUGACAAAGCGUGCUCCGGCUGCACGGGAGCCAGUCCUGAUAAGUGCCAGGCUUGUGCCAGCGGGUACCAAGACACAGAGGGCACUUGCACAGAUAUCGAUGAGUGUUCCCAGCCAGAGUCGGUAUGCACUCUGGAGCACCAGGAGUGUGUCAACAAUAAAGGCAGCUAUGUUUGCAUCUGCUCGACUGGAUAUGAGGAGCAAGAUGGCGAGUGUGUCCAAACACUACAGCCAGAAAAAGAGGAAGAGUCAGAAGAGGUAGAGUCUGAAGCAUCCGAGACGACCGCGAGUCCACAUGGAGAGCUUUGAUGCAAAAAAACAGGAAGAAUGGUUGGAAUUUCUGCACAUCUGAAGCCGCUCAUGUAUUUAAUUAUCGACUACAUGCACUUAAUGUACCAGCUGCACUUAGAACCAACAAAAGCUGCCAAGACAGUGUUUUCCAGCAGUGGAUCGUGGAUUAAAGGACAAAAAAAGAGACAUUUUAUGCUCUCAGUAUGCUGGUCAUUGUUGCUUUUCUCUUCUGAGCUCACCACUUGUCUUUAUUUGUUGUAUGGUUUUAAAAUCAAAGGUGUUUCAAUAAAGGUUAAUUAUGUUGAAUUGAA